AUGAGCCAAGUGUUUUCAAGGUUGUGUGCCAAUUUUAUGAAACUCCCGUUCGACCGACUAGCUAGAGUGAUGAAUCUCGAAGAGCCCAGCUUCGGUGAUAACUACAUACAGGAGUUCGUCCUAGAGCACCUGGACCACGACACCGGACCGAAUGUAAAGCGCGAGGACACCAGCCCCAACUCGGUGCUCGCGAAUGGGUUGGGUUCGAAAAAUGUCUGGAACGGGGCCACGGUGGACGAGAACGGUGUCCUGGUGCCGAUCCGGUUGAAGGCGGUCAGUAAUGGCGUUGUGGCGGGUGGUGGUGGCGGCGGAUGGCACCUGGAGGACGCCCGGAAGCUGCACGCUUGUUCGCCCGGUGCAGGGGACCUGUUCACACAUGUCGGUGGUCCCACGCACGGUCAGCCGAUGUUGUUCAAUCCACCGAUCAGUGGUGUUCCAUCGACUCCACCGGAAACGCCGCCGGUCAUCGGUUCGCCAAACUCUUCCGGUGCAGUAACAGGAGCCGGGGCGGGCACCGGUGGCUACGGUGGGGGUCCGUUCUACAGCACCCGCUCACAGACGGGCCUGGUCGAGGAAAUGAUGUUCCUACCGCAGACGAUGCGUGGUGAGCAACCGCUCGAUCUGCGGCCACUCCACUGCUCGAUCGGUCCGGAAGGUGAGUGGAUGGAUCGCAAGGAGUACGCCAGUGUGCUGGCGGUGUCCGGCGGAGGUCCGAAUGGCCAGAAUGGAAUGUUGGGCGGUGGCAUCAAUGGCGUUGGUGCGAAUGGAGCUGGCAACGGUGGUGGUGUUGGGGGUGGAGUAGGCGGUGGCUUCCAGCACCAUCAUCACCAUAUCACGGCGGCACAGCUGGAGUUCAGUCCGCUCAACAUGCAUACGGCGUCGCAUCAGCACUCGCACCCGCACCACCACCAUCACCACCAUCACCAUCACUCGCUGCACCCGAAUCGCCCGCACUCGGUCAGCUCGACGAGCUCGACGAUCUCGCCACGAAACGGAACCAGCAGCAGUGGUGGCGGAAGCUGCUACAACGGGCUCGGUGGAUCGGGCUCUGGAAACGGGCUAUCGUCGGAGGACCUGAUCAACGACGAUCUCCUGAUGACGCUAUCCGUGCGCGAAUUGAACAAGCGGCUCCAUGGUUGUCCCCGCGAUCAGGUCGUGCGGUUGAAGCAGAAAAGGCGAACGCUAAAGAACCGUGGCUACGCACAGAACUGCCGAUCGAAGCGACUCCAGCAGCGCCAUGAUCUAGAGCUCACCAACCGUCACCUUCACCACGAGAUGCAGCAGAUGAAGGUGGAGCUGGCCAAGAUCAAACAGGAGCGCGACGAACUCAUCCAGACACUGCAGAUGCGCCAGCGAGAACAAUCAGCAGCUCAGCAGCAGCAACAGCAUCAACAGCAGACGGCCAACGUCCUCCAGCAGCAACAACAUCAAGCUCAACAACAGAAGCAGCAACAACACCCGCAACACCAGCAACACCAACAACAGCACCAACAGCAUCAACAGUAUCAGCAGCAAUCUCGUCAGCAGCAACACCAUCUGCACCAUCAUCAACAGCAGCAACAGCAGCAGCAGCAGCAGCAGCAGCAGCAACAACAACAACAACAGCAACAGCAGCAACAACAGCAGCAUCUGAGCAGCACUCAGCACAACGGAACUUGCGUUGGCGGUGGCACCGGUGGUUCAGGAGGAGGUAGCGGAAGUGGCAACGGUGGCGGAGCAGGGUUGGUACCUUCGGUGAAGCAACUGAUUGCCGAAAGUGUCAGCUCCCAGGAGUACUACGUAUGA